AAAUGGAUGGAUGGAUGGAUGAUUGGUGCCAUUUGCGUUUCCUCAGACUGAUACGGUUACAUUUUAAAAAUGCUGAGUUCACGUUGCAAUUUAAAAAAAAAAGUCACGUUCACUACGGUCUGCGCGAUGGUUUCGAAUAUUAUCCGUCAUUUUGUUGUAACAGGGCAUCCUGAGAACAUGGUUUACCGAGUGUUUGCAGCAGGUGGAGUAUGAGCCCCUCGUGCGUCAUGCGUCUUGAGCCAUAAAACCAGGCGUCCAGCAGCGCAGCUGUUAGAGCGUCUUUUGAGGGACAGUACAACACGGUCCAUACGUGACCACUGACCUUAACGUACACGAUUACCUUUAACUUCCUUGAACUCGCCGCUUUUACCCGGGCAGGAUGGCCAGCUCUGGACUGCAGAUCGUUGGUUUUCUCCUCUCCUUAGCUGGAGUCUGCGCAACUAUUGCCGCCACUUUCAUGGUCGAGUGGGGAAAGGAGUCUCAAUCCAAGUAUCGGAACUAUGAAGGUCUGUGGAUGAGCUGCAGCGGCACCUCCGAGAGAAGCACCUGCGAGAUUUACAAGAAUUUAUUGAAGCUGCCGACUGAGAUCCAGGUAACUAGAUCAGUGAUGGUGGCCAGCCUCUUCUUCGCUGCCAUGGGGCUGAUCAUUUCAGUAUUCGGGAUGAAGUGCACCCGCUUCAUGGAUGCCAUGCCCCAAGGCAAAGGGAAGGCAGCUGUCACCGGAGGGAUACUGUUCAUCCUCUCAGGUCUUUUAACCAUCAUGAUCACUUCCUGGUACGUCAGUAGGAUAGUUCAGCUCCUCAAGACAGCGCAUCAUCUGCAAAGCAAGGAAUUUGGUCACGCUGUGUUCGUCAGCUGGGCGGGGGGAUUGUUUACUGCUCUCGGUGGAGUGCUCCUGAGUCUUCAGGGGUGUUGGGGCUCCAAGAGUUCAACAGAGUCCAUAGGCACCAGCCACCUUCUCUCUACUACAAACUCCAAGUCUAAUUACGUCUAACAGAGGAGCUUGGAUCCCCAAGUCCCACCGUGGGAUAACUACCUAUGCACAGUGUAUUUGUCUCUCAUCUUCUGAUGUACAAAUGUGAAAAAUCCGACAUUCAAUAUUUUUCUACAAGUUGAUGUAUUGAUGGUGAACAUUUCUAAAACCAUAUAGAUCCUCUUCAGCCUUCUGUUGUGAUCUUGCGGCUUUGCAAAGUUAGUUACACGUACUGUUAAGCGUCACACAAGCGUCGUUAAACUGUACAUUUCUUAAUCGUCUCUUGGUUAUAAGCUCCUUUUGUACAUAGACUUGUUUCUAAUUCUUGCACAGCACAUGCCAGUUAAUAUCAGUCUGAGAGAUCGGAUUUUUAUGUGAUUUUUCUUUUUAUCUUGCUUUCAGCACAGUGAUAUCAGUGCUAGGGUAUAAAUGUUUGUAUAAUAAAAUAUACACCAAACUGAUAA